AUGGCGCCGACCAAACCCUCGGCGAAAGGAAAGUCCUCAUCGGGAGGCGACGCAAAGAAGGGCAAGCCCCUCUCGUCUGGAACCAAGAUCAGCAAGAAGAAUGUCAAGCGCCCGCCGCCACAGGAAGUCAAGGCGAAGGCCCGCACGGAACCGUCGCUGUUGAAGAAGACCAAGAAGAAGCAAUACUCGGAAGCCGAAUUGGAUCUACCCAAGCUGAACACGAUUACGCCGGUCGGAGUGGUAAAACCGAAGGGAAAGAAGAAGGGAAAGACUUUCGUCGAUGAUAAGGAGGGCAUGGCCACUAUCCUGGCUAUGGUGAAUGCUGAGAAGGAAGGUCAAAUCGAGUCGAAACUCAUGAAGGCGCGCCAAAUGGAGGAAAUCAGGGAGGCGAGAAGAAAGGAGGCCGAGGCCAGGCAGGCGCAGAAGAAAUCCAAGCUGGAGGAUGCCAAACAGUCGAUUCGCCAGAAGCGGAAGCGCAAGGGCGAUUCUGAGAAAGAUACCAAGGCCGCUCCCAAAGCCGACGAGGCGGCCUCGAAGUCCAAGUCCAAGGGGAAGAGAAAGAGCGUUUCAUUUGCUUGA